AGCCUGUACAGUACAUGAGCCACGCGGGGAGACAACAGCUGCUAUUAAAGCUCCGAGAACCAAAAGGCCACCGUUCACAUUUAUCGAACAAGACCAGUAGCCGGGUUGAGAAACUAAAGCCUUACCUAUCACAAUGCAUUGCCUAAAAAGUCUGCGGACAACCAACCCGGGAAUUUUGCAGCUGUUUAAAAAUGCAGUUAUCUCCGCCAGACUUGGAGCUGACAUCUCCAGGAGUCAGCAACCCGUUCCUCUCUGGACAGCAACAGUUCUCUCCCACAGAGCCUUUCAUCCUUAUCAGAAAGGCCCUGAUGAGGACCAAGGACACUGCAAAAGCCGGCUCAUGUCCAGCAUAGAGGACCUGCUUUUUUACACCAUCACCGACGGGAAAGAGCUGAUCCCCAUCUCUCAGUUCAUCUCUGCUUUGAGAAGAACAGGUUUGUUAACGUCUGACCCUCGGCUGCGGGACUGUAUCCAUCAGAUGAGACAGUCUACGCAUGACUCCAUGGGACCAGUCAUGAUGGACAAAAAACUUUUCAGAAGGUGUGUCGGCAACAACAUCAUUUUGCUGACAAAGGCUUUCAGAAAAAACUUCAUUAUCCCUGACUUUGAGGAUUUCACCCACCAGAUCAACAGGAUGUUUGAGAAUGCACAACAGCAAAGAGGAGGGCAUGUAGCCGAUUACAUUCCUCAGCUGGCUAAGUUCAGUCCGGAUCUUUGGGGCGUAUCUGUUUGCAGCAUUGAUGGACAGAGAUACUCAGUGGGCGACACCAAGAUUCCCUUCUGCCUGCAGUCAUGUGUGAAGCCACUUGAGUACGCCAUCUCUGUGCAUGAGCAUGGCACUGAUUACGUUCACCGCUUUGUGGGCAAGGAGCCCAGUGGCUUCAAGUUCAACAAACUGUCGCUAAAUGAGGAAGAUAAACCACACAACCCCAUGGUGAAUGCUGGAGCUAUCGUCAUUAGUUCAUUGAUCAAGCUACAUUCAAAUAAAGCGGAGAGGUUUGACUAUGUGAUGGAGUUCUUGAAAAGUAUGGCUGGUACAGAGUAUGUGGGAUUCAGCAAUGCAACUUUCCAGUCAGAGAGAGAGACUGGAGAUAGAAACUAUGCAAUUGGUUAUUACCUGAAAGAAAAAAAGUGCUUCCCUGAUGGGGCAGAUAUGAUCGGAGCCCUCGACUUCUACUUCCAGUUGUGCUCCAUUGAGGUGACCUGUGAGUCUGGAAGUGUCAUGGCUGCCACACUGGCCAAUGGAGGCAUUUGUCCAAUCACGGGCGAUCGUGUGCUAAGUGAUGAAGCCGUUCGCAACACAUUGAGUCUGAUGCAUUCCUGCGGGAUGUACGACUUUUCUGGGCAAUUUGCUUUCCACGUGGGGGUCCCUGCCAAAUCUGGCAUUUCAGGCGCUGUUCUGCUGGUGGUUCCCAACGUUAUGGGCAUGCUGUGCUGGUCCCCGCCGCUGGAUCGGCUCGGAAACAGCGUCAGAGGAAUUCACUUCUGUCAGGAGCUUGUUUCUUACUUCAACUUCCAUAAUUAUGACAACCUGAGGCAUUUCACCAAGAAACACGACCCGAGGAGACAGACGGACGACGAUCCAAACAAGUCAGUCGUUAAUCUGAUGUUUGCAGCGUACAGCGGUGAUGUCUGUGCUUUGAGGAGGUAUGCGCUGUCAGCUGUUGACAUGGAGCAGAGGGAUUAUGACUCUCGCACCUCUCUCCAUAUCGCUGCUGCCGGAGGCCACGUGGACGCUGUAACGUUUCUGACACAAGUAUGCAAAGUGAAUCCGUACAUUAAGGACAGAUGGGGCAACACACCCCUUGAUGACGCCAUGCAGUUUGGCCAUGAUGUUGUUGUUUCAGUCCUGCAAAAAUACCAACAUGAGUACAAAGAGUCGUCCAGCAGCACAGAGGAGCAGAACCCCUCUCUGGACACGAUGAAGACCUCUGUUUAAGAAUUAUCCAUGAAAGUUUGGACUGAAACCUUCUGUUGCACAGCGGGAAAGAAUCACAGGACAGAAGGUAAUUGGGAGAGCUGAUGAAUGUUUGACUUUAUUCUCUUUUUAAGGGAUAUUGCAAUGUUUUUUGUGUCUCAGAAAAUGUAUUAAAUAAUCAAAAGAAAUUACUAUUACUUUCUUUACAUGCCUUCUGAAAAGUCUGACAUUUUUAAAUUUUCCAACCAAAGGCUAUAAAAUGUGUACCUUUUAUUAAUUGUGUGGAACGUUUAACGUCAAUUUUGGAAAAAGGGAUGCACCAUUUUCUUUCAAUUUGAUUUAACUGGGCCAGAAUUUGGAAUAUGUGCAGAAUAAAGGCUUAGUGAAAGAGCAUACUACAGAACUACAUCAAUAAUCAAUUACUACUAACCUACAUUAAUUUGGUUGGUUAGUAAUAUUCCUGUUUUGUGCAAAAAUUUAGUUGAGAUGUAAAUAUUAAAAAAUUGUGCUAUCUAGGUCUUAAAUCUUAAAAUAUAUGUUUUUCUUUGGCCCCCUUCACACUGGAUUGAGAUCACUGUACGACUUUAGCCAGAGUGGUGAAACUCAGCAGGGUACUGAAAAAUGGUUCUGGAGUCAAAGCUUCCCAUUACUGUUGUCAGUUCACACAAAGCCUACGUAGAACAGUAAUGGCGAUUUAUUGUCAUCUCAGCAGCAUAUCAGCAUCAUACUAAAGCCAGUUUAACAAAGGAAGGAGUACAGGAAGCAGUGCCAUGCAUGAGAAAGAAUCCCUGCUAAAAAGAAGCGCACACACCUCCAAAUUGUGUCUGAGCUUGGAUGUGCUGGUUGCUGGGAGACUGAAACAUGUCAACAGCACUUUGAACGCACUCCUGGAUUUCCUGUUUGCUGCGAUCCAAACUGUAACUAUUGUAAUAUAAUGUGUAAUAUAUUGUAAUUGUAUAAUAUGUAAAUAUAAUAUUUCAACAUCCUCACAGCAAUGGAAACACAUAAUACAUGUAAACAUUAUGGAGACUGCAUAAUCCACCUCCUCUCAAGGAUAUAUAUAUAUAUAUAUAUAUAUAUAUAUUAGUAAAGAGAGAGGGAGAAUUUUUUUACAUCCUGUAAAGGUUAUGCAGCAGAAGCAAUAGCUGUGCCGGUAGCAUAGUGAUAGAGUGAUAUUUUGGUGUGAUCUUACAGGCUGUGGUGUCCAGUGUCUGUCCUCAAGUGCAUUCAUCCUACAUGUUUCAGAUGUUUUCCUAUUUCAACACACCUGACUCAAAUUAACAGUUACCAGCAACCCCCGCAGUGCUUGAUGGCAUGUUGAAAAGGUUAUUCGCUCAUUUAGAAUAAGUUGCAGCAGAACUGGACACCUCUGUUAGAGGGCACUGCUGCGUCCUAGUGAAAGUCUAGAUGUGUAGAUGGUGAGAUGAUAAACAUGUGAAUGUGCUGCUGAUCUCCAGACCACGCCGACACUGCAGGAGAGCCAAUCAGAGAAGCAGAAAAUAGCACUAAGAUUUGUCGGGCGACUGCUAGGUGUAGCUGUGUCAUGAUUGCUUUCACACUGAAGGAGGUUUUCCUCUUUUGCAGCAAUCCAAGCAGCUUCUAACAGGUAAUUAAAAUCACAGAGAGGAUUCAUCCAGUGUGAGCAGGGCCUUACUUAAAAUACUCUGGGGAUUAAACUUCAACGUCUGAUUAGAGAUUUAUUUAAAAGGAGCCUGAAAGCUACUGGGACUGUUUUGUUGGGAAAAUAAUAUGCACUUCAGUAUCCUCCCUACCAGCUGGGUUUUGUUUUGUUCUUUAUUGAUAUGUAAAGGCUCACUGUGGUGUUUAGGAUUUAUAAAGACUGUAUAAACCUUCAUGUUAUUAUAUAUAUAUAUGUAUAUGUUUUUUAUUAGGCGGUAAUUAUUGUGAGACUCAGGGCCAAUACUGUGGCUAAUUAAACCAACCAGUUGCAUUGAUAGCCAAGACAUGUAGUUUCCUAUUAGGUUUUAAGGCCUAAAAAAAUAAGACCACAUAUUUAUAUAUUUUUAAAUGUCCACCUUUAUUAUAACAGUUUUUUGAAUAAUUCAACUGACAAACCAGCAAAUUUAAGGAAAAGAUUUUAAAAGUUCAUUAACCUGGAUGCAUAAGAAUGCACACUUUUAAAAUAAUACCUUACUGAAACAACAGAUAGUUUAGUACUGGAAUAUGGGUCAGCAAAUUUUUAAUUUUCUUCUUUUUCUGGUCGAACCAUUUGAGUCUACAUUCUCUCUUAUGUGGAGAGAGAUGCCAAAAAAUAAUGUCCUCUUUCAUUUUCAAGCAUUUAGCAGAAACCUUAAUGAGCCAAAACUGAGUAUUUGGAACAGCUCACAAUCUCCUCCAUCUUGAAAAAAGCCUUGCUCCCUCAGAAGAAUUAUAAUCCCAGAGCACCAUGCUGCCCACACCAUGUUCCGCAUUCAAAACACUUUUUCCCACGCAGUUUUUCAGAAAUUUGGAAGGAAAAAUCAGGACUCUGUUUAGCAAACUUAUUUUAUCAACUAAACUUACAGUAAAUAUAGCAGAUAUGCAGUCAUGCAACCAGGUUAUAACACGUUUUAGCUUUUCUAUAUUUCUGCUUACAAAUUUGCUGAAUUGAUCUGAAAAUUGAAAAAUAGUUUGGAAAUAAUUUAUACUGGUCUUAUUCUUUUUAAUUUAAAACUUGUUUGUGUAUAUUUGAGAUCCACUGCAUGCAGAGAUGCACCAAUCCAAAGACUGGAAUCUGUCCAUAUCUCCUUGAUCAUUAAAUCUUAAUAUGUUCAAUAUUUUUGUACCACAAACGCAUCAUUUAACAGGAAACAGACGCAUUUUAGAAUUUAAUACAAGUGAUAUGAAAAGUUAAAUAUUGACAUAUCGACUCCACGCAUAAAUAUAUUAUGUUUGGUUGUGUUCAAAAUGGCUACCUUUAUGGAAUGUAAAAUGAUUUCCUGCAGGUUUUAUGUGUCAUACAAGAACUGAUCAGAAUCUGUUAAAUUCUGUUAAAUAUUUUUGACCAGAGGCAUCAAAGAUAACCAAAAAAACGGAAUCGACCAUAGAAAGCUUGAUCGGUGCUUCUCCAUAAAAAUGUCUUAUUAAAAGUAACAGAAAGGUUUUAAAGUGUUUAAGCACCACACUGAGAUGGCUUUUCUUGUUUUCAAUGUCUAGCUUCAUAAUCUUUACAUUUCACUCAUUGUCAUAAAACUUUAAACAUUCAUUGAUUAAUUUUUCCCAUUGCCAUCAGUUCAUUCUGUUGAGAUAUCCACAUGCUAAGCUUGUAGUUGUAGCUGGUGUAUCCUAGCUACAUUUUUUGUUUAAGUUUAAAUUUACCAUCGUUACUUACAGUCUAAAGUUUGGAAACAUGAGUAAAGUGACUAGAGUUUCUCAAAAUAAGUUUAAAUGUGUGUUUGCUUUUAAGGAAAAUAUCAAACACACCCUACAUGUAAAUUUAAAACAAGAUAAAAAUGUAAUAUACUCAACUAUCAUAAAAGUGUUUUUUUUUAGGUUUUUCACUCAGCAAAACUUCUGUACAGAUCUUCAGUUCACUGUAAAUAUUUUGCUGUAAAUAAAAAGAAAAAUGUG